UACACGCACCAUCACUCCAUCACUCCGUUCAAUCAGUCUGGCCCUGUGAAAAGCUCAAAGAUCCAUAUAAUACCACUGCCUCAGCGGCUUCCGUUCUCGCCCCACACCUCGCCCAACAAAAAAUUAAGCGCCUCAUAUAAGUCAACUUCGUCCUGCCAUUCCUUUCCCGUCUCUCAUCCCUCAGUCGAACUCCUCCCUGGCAUCUCAGUUGAUCUCAUACCGACUUCAACAUGCCUUCCUCACAACCAGUUGCGGGUGAAAUGGCUGUCAAGCCAGAGUACCUCUCAUCCAAACCCAACUCAAUGGCAAAGCCCAGCGAGCCCAACCGAAAUGCCAAAUAUGACCCCAAGAAGCCUCACAUCACCGAGAUCCCAAUGACCAGAUCGAACUGGUAUAAGCACGUCAACUGGCUUAAUGUCACUCUCAUCGUUGGCAUUCCCAUCUACGGCUGCGUCCAGGCCUUCUGGGUACCUCUCCAAGUCAAGACCGCCAUUUGGGCCAUUGCAUACUACUUCGCCACUGGUUUGGGUAUCACAGCUGGCUACCACAGAUUAUGGGCACAUACUUCAUACUCAGCCACCCUUCCUCUCCGAGUUUUCCUUGCUGCUGUGGGCGGUGGUGCUGUUGAAGGUUCAAUCCGAUGGUGGGCACGCGACCACCGAGCUCAUCACAGAUACACCGAUACCGACAAAGACCCAUACUCCGUCCGGAAGGGACUGCUAUACUCGCAUUUUGGAUGGAUGAUUAUGAAGCAAAACCCAAAGAGAAUAGGACGUACGGACAUCUCUGACCUCAACGAAGAUCCUGUGGUCAUCUGGCAACACAAGAACUACCUCAAGGUCGUCAUCUUCAUGGGUCUCAUCCUGCCCACUAUCGUCGCUGGUCUCGCAUGGGGUGACUGGGUUGGUGGCUUCAUCUACGCUGGUAUCCUCCGCAUAUUCUUCGUCCAGCAAGCCACCUUUUGCGUCAACUCUUUGGCUCACUGGCUCGGGGACCAGCCAUUCGAUGACCGCAAUUCUCCUCGUGAUCACGUCAUCACUGCCCUGGUCACUCUCGGCGAAGGCUAUCACAACUUCCAUCACGAAUUCCCCUCCGACUACCGCAAUGCCAUCGAAUGGCACCAAUACGACCCCACCAAGUGGUCCAUCUGGGUUUGGAAGCAACUUGGUCUAGCCUAUGAUCUCAAGCAAUUCCGCGCCAACGAGAUCGAGAAGGGUCGUCUUCAGCAACAACAGAAGAAGCUCGAUCAGAAGCGUUCCAAACUUGACUGGGGUGUUCCUCUCGAUCAGCUUCCAGUCAUGGAAUGGGACGAUUAUGUUGAGCAAGCCAAGAAUGGACGCGGUCUUGUCGCCAUUGCCGGUAUUGUUCACGACGUGACUGAGUUCAUCAAAGAUCACCCAGGUGGCAAAGCUAUGAUCAACUCGGGUAUCGGCAAGGACGCUACAGCCAUGUUCAACGGUGGUAUCUACAUGCACAGCAACGCUGCCCACAACUUACUCUCAACCAUGAGAGUCGGUGUCAUUCGUGGUGGCUGCGAGGUUGAAAUCUGGAAGCGAGCACAAAUGGAGGCAAAGGGUGAUGUUGUUCGAGAUAGUUCCGGUGAACGGAUCGUCCGAUCUGGCAACCAGCCGACCAAGGUGCUACAAAACACGCCAACAGCUGGAGCUGCUUGAGUUGUACGAUGAUGGUAUGAAAUUUGAUAUGACGAAAGAGUCGUUCUCUUAGCGAGUGUAUAUACAAUUGGCGUUGGGAAGAAUGCGAGCGUGUGAUGCAUAGGUAUCUUCCUUUCGGUUGAUGAGCUUGAUGAGUCUAGCCUUGCAAGGCUUUUUGCUGCAAAGCAUCAAAAUACCCAAUUAGAACCAAAUGAAUUUCUUCAACCGA